GAUAAUCCAAGAACUUCAAAGAAAUUUAUAAAAAGCUACAUAACGCAUCCUCCAAAAAUUAUUAAUGCGAAGCAAAUCAAAGAAGCUUGGGAGGAAAGCAACUUAGCUCGUACAAGAGCCCAGGCCGAAUACGAAGCUAUUCGACAAAUUGCGGACGAUAUUUUUGAAGAAGCUGAAGAGCAAUUGGCAAGAUUUCCGGCUUUUGACAGUUCCCGCUUUCAGAACAUAUUUUUGGCAGUGACACCCGCGUCAUCGUCAUCGCAGCAGCCGGAAAACGCAAAAAUUAGUGAAAAUGGACGCCAUGUCACAAUCUGGGUCCAAAAUGACGAAAAUUUUCCCGGAAAAUUGAACAACGGGUAUGCAUCAAACAGUCUAAAUAGCUGGGUAACCAAUUUAAAACGUAAUCGGAUGCACGAAAGAGGUGAUGAAAAUAUAAAAAUUCCAAGACAAUUUCGUGUAACGAGGGUGGAAAAUUCAGACCGGCAAAGAGGCCAGAACCAGCUCGAAAGAGAGAGUAGUAACAACCGACAUUUCCAUGUGCUACCAAAAUUUGAUCCAAGAUUUCCGUUUGAUCGGGCCUAUAAAUUGAUGGAGGAGUUCCAAGUGCCAGUAGGAUUUAAGUUCCCAACAGCCAGUGACUAUAUUUAA